AUGGAAGAUGCAGGAGAACCCCUGGAAGAUGCCCUCCUCUUUGCCCUGGACAACCUCUCUGAGGAGAACUUCAAGAGGUUCAAGAACAAGCUCUGCUUCCUGAAGAUGGAGGGCAGAGCCAAAAUCCCCCGGAACAAGCUAGAAAGCGCAGACACAAUGGAUACUGUCUGGCUCCUCUUGGAUGCCUAUGGCCAGGAUGGGGCCUGGGAAGUGGCCGUGGCCAUCCUCAAGGCAGUCAGCUUGCGGGAUUCGGCCACCAGGCUCCAGAAAUGGAAACGGAACGGUAAGAGACUUGCACUCUGCUUACUAAGGUUGCAUGGGGUGAAACGUUCAACAACUUUGGGCCAUCUCCCCUCAUUUUAUUAAAAUUGAGCCCCCCCAAAAUAGGGAGGGGGUCUUAUACAUGGGAGCAUCUUAUAGACAGAAAUAGAGAAAGGGUGGAGAAAUAGGAACAACAAUACAUAUGUGGUGGAGGUGUGAGGAAAUUAAGAAAUUUUGGGUAGUAGUACAUGAAGAACUAAAGAAGAUGUUGAAAAUAUCAAUAACAAAGAAACCAGAGACAUAUCUCCUUGGAUUGAUAGACGAAGAGAUACCACGGGGGUGGGGAUUUUUCUAUAUGCAAGUACAGCUGCUAGAAUAGUGAUUGCUGCUAGGUGGAAGUCACAAACUAUACCCACAAAGGAGGAAUGGAUUUGUAAACUAAAUGAACAUUUAAUUUUGGCAAAAUUAACUGCUGUAAUAAGAAACCAGUUGAAUCAAAAAUUGAAAAAGGAGUGGAAAUGUUUUGAUGACUAUAUGGCAAAAUAUUGCUCAAAAAAAAAGACACGCUAAUAUGCCUAGUUUAAAAUGUGAAGUACUGGAUGGAAGAAAAAUUAGCAAGGAAAGAUAAUAAGAACAUAUAGAUGAUUUGAGAAGAUUGUAGAAUGCAAAGGUUAUUGUAAAUUGUAUAAUGUGGAGGAAAUUGAGUGGGGGCGGAGGGAAGUGGGAGGAAGGAAAAAAGAAGAAUACGAUGGAUUGAGGAAAUAUAAAUGUAAAUGUACGGGGGGAUGGGGAGGAAAUGGUGUUGGCUUUGAUACAUCUGUAUUGUAAUGUAAUAGGUGAAAACCAAUAAAUAAAUAAAUAGAAAAAGAUGGCACUUGCUAAUAAAACAACUUAUUUCCCCAUGCUGUGGCCCCUCCCCUGACACCGCUCUCAUUGUGUGAUUACAUUAGAUCGCAGGAAGAAAUAUAAAAGCUGUAUCCAAGAGAACUUCGGGGGCAUUCCUGAAUGUGACUCCCCUUCUUCCGGCCAAGUGGUGAGCCUCCCCCAAAGAUAUACAGAGUUGCUCUUCUGCAGGAAACGGGAUCCUCAACAGAGAACCCAGGAGGUUGCAUCCAUGGAGAGGAAGCAACGAGAGUUGGAGGUUCACCAAGGAGACGGGCCAGAAGAAGUCAGCAUGGAGAAUUUGUUUGGUCCAGACGCUCAGGGGGAAAGCUCCAGAACCGUUGUGCUGCUUGGUCCCGCUGGGGUGGGGAAGACCACAGCCCUUUGGAAGAUAAUGCUGGACUGGGCAUCUGGCAAGUUCUGGCAGGAGAGGUUCCAGCAUGUCUUUUACAUCUCCUGCAAAGCAGUGAAGUAUGGCAAGGGACCCAUGACCAUAGCUGAGCUGGUACUCAGCAGCUGCCCUCCAGGAACUCUCCUAGCAGAGGAUGCCUUCAUGAACCAAGACAGCAUCCUCAUCCUCAUCGACGGCUUUGAUGAGCUGGAGACCAGCAGGCUUCCAGGUGACGUUACGUGUAGCGACCCCCACAAAAAGCAGGCUGCCGUGUCUUUGAUGAUGGGUCUACUCAGGAGGAGGCUCCUUCCCAAGUGCCAUCUCAUUGUGGCCACGAGGCCCGUGGCUUUGGGGGCACUACUGCCAUGCCUGAGGUCUCCAUGGUUGGUGGAAGUGUUGGGAUUUCGACCGGCUCAGAGGGAGGAAUAUUUCCAACGCUUCUUUGAGACCAAGGAAGACGCCACUCGUGCCUUUGAAAUUGUGAGAAGGAAUGAAACUCUGUUCAGCUUAUGCGUCCUCCCUGCUCUGUGCUGGAUUUUCUGCACCGCCUUCAGGCGGAAACCCCAAAAGGAUCUCCUUAAUGCUAUCCCGGAGACUGCGACCGUCACGGAAAUCCACCUGCAUCUCCUCUUUAGCUUCUUGGGUUGCAACCCAAAGCUGAGCAACUUGAAAGGUCUCUGCUCCUUAGCCAAGGAUGGUGUUCUCCAUAAGAAGGCGAGCUUUGGCGAAGAAGAGUUGAAAGAACAUUGUGUGGGCUGUUCGGACUCAGAAACCCUUUCUGUCCUCCGGAAAGAUGUCCAUGCGGCAAUAACUUACAGCUUUGUUCACUUAAGUUUCCAGGAAUUAUUUGCAGCCUUGUUCUACCUGCUGGACACAGAUGGGGACUCAUCAUUCAGGAUCCUGAACGAGGGACUGGGAAACAAGAAAGAGGGCAGAGGCAACUCUUUCACGCUGGUGCGUUUCCUCUUUGGCCUCUCCAACGCAAAGAGGAUGGACCUCCUGCAAGAAGCAUGGGGCUGCCAGAUGUCCAGGACCAGGCUCUGGCAGGAGAUGCUGAGCUGGGUGGACCAGGAAGCAACACGUCAGUCCUUUGGGAGAGGGGAGCAACUCCUGGAGCUCUGCCACUGCGUAUACGAGACGGAGGACCCUCAGUUUGCCGAGAGCAUCCUGAGACACGUCCAUGACUUGGACCUCCGAGACUUGCUCUUCUCCAAGCUGGAUUUUGCUGCUCUUUCAUUUUGUCUAACAGCUUCUCUGUCUCUCUGCUCGCUUCGGCUCUCUGGCUACAAGUUGGGGCCCACAGCAUUCCGCCAGCUCUUGCCAGGACUGCUGAAGCCCUCGGAGAUCCAGUAAGUGCAUCUGAAAGACCCACCAGUGAUCCUUGUUGGGUCAGUGGGACUUAAGUAGGGUGGCCUUCUGUCCAGAAUAGGGGCUCACCUCGUGGCUCAGUGAGUUUAGCCACCCAGGGCUCAAAUCAGAGGGACGGCCCUACCAUUGAGCAGAGUGAGGCAACUGCUUCAGGUGGCAGAAGCUUGGGAGACGGGAAGCAACGGCUACUGUUUUACAAGGCUACAGUGGGCCACUAUUUCGGCUGAAGUUGCAGGGAGUCAGAGAUGGGGCUUGCGGUUUCCGUUAGCAGCCUUUCCCCUUCACAACUGAACCAUGACUGGAUAGUUCAGUUGGUUAGAGUAAGGUUACCAUAUUUUUUUCAAUAAAUCCACGGACACUAUAAAUCAAUCAAUCAAUCAAUCAAUCAAUCUACAUGUUCAGGAUGUUGAUGCUGCAGUGAUGGCGGUGGCAGAGGGGCGCCACCGCCUUGACCUCAACCGCCACGUUUCCCCUUCCUCUGAGGCUUCUAUCUCCUUUCUCCAUGAACCUGGGCAGCCCCUGAGUUGUUGGUUCUUCGGUGGUGGUGGUGUGGAAGCAGUGCGUGGUGGGUCAGGCAUGGAAUGCGGAGAAGGAGGGCUGAGAGCGGCGGCGGAGGAGAGGCUCAAGCAGCGCAAUGCCUCCCUUUUCAUUGGAGCAGCCCCAAUUCCAUUCCUACUUGCGUGCAAGCAGGAGGGGACGGGGAUCUCUCAGCUGGGAAGGGAGGCUUCCCGUUGCCUAACUGAGAGAUCCCCACCCCGCUCCUGCUUGCACGCAACUAGGAGUUGGGAGGCUGCUCUGAUAGGCAGCAUGAAGCCUCCCUUCACAGCUUAGUUGCUGGGGUCAGGGAAGGUGGAGGCAGCCCAGAAGCUGCAUCUUAGAGCCCCUGCACCACCAUCAUAUGGGGACUUCCGAGCUGCUCCUGAAGCCAGCCAGAGCCAACUGCUCCGGGCUCCUGAGACUGCCGCUGCUGCAUUUCCCGGGGACAUUAGAUGAAAUCCGGGGACAUUCCGGGGAUGGAAUUUGUCCGGGGACUUAUUUGCAAAUCUGGGGACUGUCCCCAGGAAAAGGGAACGCCUGGUAACCCUAGGUUAGAGCGUGGUGCUGAUAAUGCCAAGGUUGUAGGUUCGAUCCCUGUAUGGGACAGGUGCAUAUUCCUGCAUCACAGGGGGCUCGGCUAGAUGGUCCUCAGGGUCCCUUCCAACUCUACAAACAUAUGAUUCUAUGGCUGGCUGCCCCAAAACAGAGGCCCUUGCGAGGAGAGAAGGCUCCCUGCUCCAUCAAACCAGAAAACUAAAGACCACUUCCAAAGGUUUAUAUUGACUUGUGGAUCACUAAAUGGGAACAUUUUACGGAUGUAUACUGAUACCGUUUGCCCUUUGUCCUAAUCCUCCUGCUUUCGGUUUUCUCCAGGCUGAACCGCUGUGGGCUCCUAUCUGCUGCAGGCCAAGAUCUUUCCUCUGUCGUGGCGGCUAAUCAGUGUCUGAUCGGUCUGGAUCUGGGUGAAAAUCCACUGGGCGAUUUGGGUGUGAUCCACUUAUGCCAUGGGCUUCUCGAUCCACACUGUCAACUCCAGAGGCUCCGGUACGUGGCUCCCUCUUCUCCAGCAUUAAAAUAAAGACCCCAGACACGCCCUUCCUUUGAUGCUGAGGCCGCACAUAGCAUCAUUCCUAGUCAUGGAUAGCUUUAUGCUUUGUGAAUUUAUUUCAUCCCCUUUUAAAGCCAACUUGGCGGCCAUCGUUGCACCUCUUCCUGGUAGCGAUGAAUGUGAAACGCAGAAGCAUGAACGUUUUUGCAGUGCCUCUGCCUGCCUCGCCCGCAAUAACAAGAAGGAAGUGCUCACUCUUACAGUGUAUCCUAUGGAACUAAUUGCCACAGGAUCUUGUGGUGGCUCUUUGUAUAUAUGGCUCUUUGUAUAUAUAUGGCUCUUUUGUAUAUAUGGGUGUAACAUGUGUGUAACGUGUGUAACCUGGCGUGCUCUGGUCCAUGGGGUCACGAAGAGUCGGACACGACUAAACAACAACAUGUGGUAUUAUAAAUACAUGGGAUACAGUUCUAGCAGGUGCUCAAUAAUAAUCUAAUAAUAACAAUUAAUUAUUUAUACCCCACCCAUCUGACUAGGUCUCCCCAGACACUCUGGGCAGCUUCCAACUGAAUAUUAAAAACAAUACAGCAUCAGACAUUAAAAACUUCCCUAAACAGGGCCGCCUUCAGAUGUCUUUUAAAAGUAAAAUUGUUGUUUAUUGCCUUGAGAUCUGCUGGGAGGGCGUUCCACAGGGCAGGCACCACUACCGAGAAGGCCCUCUACCUGGUUCCCUGUAACCUCACUUCUCGCAAUGAGGGAACCGCCAGAAGGCCCUUGGAUCUGGACCUCAGUGUCCGGGCUGAACGAUGGGGGUGGAGACGCUCCUUCAGGUAUACUGGGCAUUUAGGGCUUUAAAGGUCAGCACCAACAUUCAAACCACAUCACACCAUUUCAGUAUCCUUAGAACCAGUCAGUAUUGGGAGUGUCAGGCGUGGAGAGUCCGACCCUCCCUUCGGUAACUUCACAGAUAAGAAUUAGCAAGCAGUUGAUAGAUUUAUAGUCCUUUCGAUGCACAUAGAGACCUAUAAGCUCAGCUAACUAGCCAGGUUAGAGGCCUUGUGCCUUAUCUUAGGAGCAGCUUUACUCCCAAGGUUGCAAACACAUUUCUAAGCGUCUACAUUCGAAAAGGAGACGUGCCCUGCUGUUCUGAGAUGUACCUUCAAAUGUGCUAAUCCUCUCAGGUAGAAAGGAAUGCAAAGAAAUCACGUGUGGCAGGGGUUGCUUAGAAAGAGAGUCCUUUGUUUCCUUGCCUAAUGAAUAUGCAAUGAAGGAAAGACCAUGUUGUUGUUUAGUCAUUUAGUCAUUUUCGACUCUUCGUGAUCCCCUGGACCAGAGCACGCCAGGCACUCCUGUCUUCCACUGCCUCCUGCAGUUUGGUCAAACUCAUGCUGGUAGCUUUGAGAACACUGUCCCACCAUCUCGUCCUCUGUCGUCCCCUUCUCCUUGUGUCCUCCAUCUUUCCCAACAUCAGGGUCUUUUCCAGGGAGCCGUCUCUUCUCAUGAGGUGGCCAAAGGAUUGGAGCCUCAGCUUCAGGAUCUGUCCUUCCAGUGAGCACUCAGGGCUGAUUUCCUUCAGAAUGGAGAGGUUUGAUCUUCUUGCAGUCCAUGGGACUCUCAGGAGUCUCCUCCAGCACCAUAAUUCAAAAGCAUCCAUUCUUUGGCCAUCAGCCUUCUUUAUGGUCCAGCUCUCACUUGCAUAGUAUAAUUAGUAUUGUAACUUUAGAUUGGAGGAAGUUUAUGCACUUUUAUUACAGCAUCAUGUUGCAAGCAGAAAUGCACAGCUUUCUGCAAGGAGUGCAGUCUAAUCUUCCUUCCAACUUCCGCAGCAUUUUAGGCAGCAACAGGACGUUCCUCCCUCCCUCUGACUCCUUUGCUCUCUGAUACAUUUGGACCUCCCAGUCCGAGGGGAGGGGGGUCCCUCACAGUCUCAAGUGACAUCUCAACUAUCUGCCCCCUAUCCCCUUAGCGGAAUCAACAAACAUAGGUAACAUUAAAUUCACAGAUCACGCCCCAAUAGUAGUCACCAUUGAAAUAGGAGAGGGAACACAAAUCACCCCAUCAUGGCCCUCCAGCCCCAUCCUAACUACAAACAAACAAAUUAGAGAGAGUCUCACAAAAACUCUACAAAACUACUUCAAGGAAAAUGAUGUAGACAAUAUAACAACCUAUGGGAUGAAGUGAAAGUGGUCACCAGAGGAGCUUGCAUAAAAGAGAAAGCAUUCCUUAAAAAAAAAAAAAACCUCAAGAAUUAACAAACUAGAACAAGACAACUAUCUGCCCCCUCCCUUCUGGUUCUGUUGUCAUUAUCUCGUAAGUGGGUAACUUCCCUCCUAAGCUGUUCAGCUCCUGUCUCUCCCUCUGCUUCUGAACAUGCUGUGGAUAAAGGGGAGGGCGACUAGUCCCCCUCCAGCUCUCCGUCAGAUAGAAGCUGGUCUCCCAUGGAAUGUAUUCCCCAGUCCUUGUCUUCAGAACAUUCCCUGACAGGGAGCUUGAUAUGAUUAGCCCCAUAUUAUAGAUGAAGGGACUGAAGUCAGUUUCUGCCAAGAUACUCAGUAAGUUCACACUUGGAAGUGAAAUUUGGACUGAGGAUUCCUCUGCUCGCAGCAAAUGAUCAUAACCACUUGUAGCUUUCACGAGAACAUCGCUCUGAUCACCAAAAUCGCGGCAUCUGCUGCUGCAAACGGUAUGUCUCUGGCUACCAGAUGUCGGGGAAGUAGCCCUGUGAUGGAGAUAUCCACAUCCCGCUGUUAUCUGAUUUCAUUUAUUUUAUUCCGUUUAUGAUUGCUCCCCAUAAAAUAUCUCAAAGCAGUUUCACAACAGAAACAACCAGCAAUAAAAACAAUGACACCAUUUCGUUGAUGAAAACCAUGAUCAUUUGUUAUUUAAAAAAACCAUCCAAAGCACUUUCAUAUGUAGAAACAAUUUCAAUGGUUAUGUGGAUGUUAGCAUCACAUGACUGCCUGUGAAUUUAUCUACGGCACGUGGCUGGCUGUCUUCAGAAGACUCAAUGCCAAUAUCCAAAACUUCCCCAUGGGUAUUCAGGGUAGAGGAGAUCACAUACCAAAGCCUCUCAUCAGCUUUGUGCUUCUUGAAAGAUGGGAGGAAAAGGUUACGGUCACAUCCCAGCCUGGCGCUGUGAGCGCCUAUCCCAGCUGCAAAGCCCCUUUCUGGAGCUCAUUUCCACCUCCAUCUCCUGCAGGCUACAUUGCUGCAACCUGACAGCUGGCGCAUGUGAGCCCCUUUCAGAGGUCCUGGCAUCCAAGCCGUCUCUCUCUGAGCUGGAUCUGGGAGAGAACAACCUGGGCGAUGAGGGGAUCAGGAAGCUGUGCGAGGGGCUGAAGCACCCACAAUCCAGGUUGCAAAGACUCACGUAAGUGGCUUCUUCAUCUCUGCUAAUUCCCCCUCCUCCAAGAGCUCUUCUUGCCAUUCCACAACUGUGCCCUGCAAAAAUCCGAUCUGCACGUAACAAAUUUCAUAGAAUUGUAGAAUUGUAAGGGACCACAAGGGACGUGGGUGGCGCUGUGGUCUAAACCACAGAGCCUAGGGCUUGCGGAUCAGAAGGUCGGCGGUUCGAAUCCCCACGACGGGGUGAGCUCCUGUUGCUCGGUCCCUGCUCCUGCCGACCUAGCAGUUCGAAAGCAUGUCAAAGUGCAAGUAGAUAAAUAGGUACCGCUCCGGCGGGAAGGUAAACGGCGUUUCCUUGCGCUGCUCUGGAUCGCCAGAAGCGGCUUAGUCAUGCUGGCCACAUGACCCGGAAGCUGUAUGCCGGCUCCCUCGGCCAGUAAAGCGAGAUGAGCGGCGCAACCCCAGAGUUGGCCACAACUGGACCUAACGGUCAGGAGUCCCUUUACCUUAACCUAAGGGACUACAAGGACCAUCUAGCGCAGGCAAGUGAAGUCCAACUUCAAAUAGGUUGUGAUCUACUACCCAGUAUCAAAAACUGGCAGUGAUCUACCACACUCUCCCAUUCUCAUUAUUCAGCAAGUGUUCCUUUCUCCCACCCCUCCAAAGUCAUUUAAGUUUGUUUAAUCAGUUAAUUAAUUAAUUAAUUAAUUAAGGGAUAUUUAUUUCACAGAUACAGUAGUUUUGUUUGGAUAUAAUAAUGACAGAUCCAAAUAGUUACUAGAUGGACAAGUAACUAAACAAGUGAGAAAAGAAACUACAGUAGUACCUCAGGUUAAGUACUUAAUUCGUUCCGGAGGUCCGUUCUUAACCUGAAACUGUUCUUAACCUGAAGCAUCGCUUUAGCUAAUGGGGCCUCCUGCUGCUGCCGCACUGCCGGAGCACGAUUUCUGUUCUUAUCCUGAAGCAAAGUUCUUAACCUGAAGCACUAUUUCUGGGAUAGCGGAGUCUAUAACCUGAAGCGUAUGUAACCCGAGGUACCACUGUAUAUUUUUAUAUUAAUUUACACAGAUCUGAGAAGCCAGUUGGAGCACCCGGCUUCUCUCUCUCUCUCCCUCUCCCUAAACCAGCCUUUUCUCUCUCUGAGGAGCCAUUUAGAGUGUGCUGGGCUUCUCUCGAUAGAUAGAUUGAUCAAUCAAUUGAUUGACCAAAACCAAUCCUGCAAUUGAUAGAUCGAUCGCGAUUGACGUGUUGGGCGUGCCUGAUCCAGCCCCCUGCAAUGCAGGAAUCGUUUGCCCAACCUGGGACUCAAACCCACAGCCCUGAGAUUAAGUCUCAUGCCCUAGCAACUGAGCUAUUUGAACAAAUGAAAACGGGUGUAACCUUCAUGUAAACAUUUGAAAAAGAUCAGCCAAAAUAUAACCAAACCAAACUCUUUUUGUGUGUGGCAAUUGGGACGUUCAGAUCCAAGUUUGUUAUUUUGCCUGUGGGACAUAUUCUCUCUUCAGUUUCAUCUUUCCAGGUGUCACAAAUCCCCUUCAUCUUCCUUUGCAGGUUGCACCUUUGCGGUCUCACAGCCGGGGCGUGUGAGGAUCUGGCCUCCGUCCUGGAAUCUCACGAGAGCCUGGCGGAGCUGGGCUUAGGGGGGAACAGCCUGGGAGAUGAGGGCGCCAGGCAGCUGUGUGCCUCACUGGCGAAGCAGCACUGCAGACUCCAGAGGCUGGCGUAAGUAAUCCCCCGCCAGUCUUUCGUGCAUGUUGUUUAGAGUUCAUCAGGCAGGCGGGUGGCGCUGUGGGUUAAACCACAGAGCCUAGGGCUUGCCAGUCAGAAGGUCGGCGGUUCAAAUCCCCGCGACGGGGUGAGCUCCCGUUGCUCGGUCCCUGCUCCUGCCAACCUAGCAGUUCGAAAGCACAUCAAAGUGCAAGUAGAUAAAUAGGUACCACUCCGGCGGGAAGGAAAACGGCGUUUCGGUGCGCUGCUCUGGUUCGCCAGAAGCGGCUUAGUCAUGCUGGCCACAUGACCCGGAAGCUGUCUGUGGACAAACACCAGCUCCCUCAGCCUAUAGAGCAAGAUGAGCACGCAACCCCAGAGUUGUCCGCGACUGGACCUAAAGGUCAGGGGUCCCUUUCCCUUUCCCUUUAGAGUUCAUAGUCAUUCAUGCUCAAAAGGACAAUCUUAAGUUCUCCAAAUUUCCCCCUCAGUUUGUGAUGUCACUCAAGUGAGUUGUCUCUCCUGCCCUUCUUAUCAUCGGCACACCCUGGUAGCCUCCAGGUUGUCAGUAUUAUUAUUGGGGAGGGUGUGGGGAGCGUGUCUUCAAGCACAUAUCAGAAAUUUAGGUCUGCACAAUUAAAGUGGAUUAAAGCACUGUGAGACAGGGAAACGCACUGAGGAGCCGGCGUUUGUCCACAGACACGUUUUUUGUUUUGUUUUUUAAAUGAUAUUUAUUAACGUUUCACAAAGAAAAAAUCACAUCAACAAAAAAGAAAAAUUCAAGAAUAUAAAGAAAAGUACACAAUACAAAAUACAAAAAGACAGCAGCUUCCACAGACAGCUUCCGGGUCAUGUGGCCAGCAUGACUAAGCCGCUUCUGGCGAACCAGAGCAGCGCACGGAAACGCUGUUUACCUUCCCGCCAGAGCGGUGCCUAUUUAUCUACUUGCACUUUGACAUGCUUUUGAACUGCUAGGUUGGUAGGAGCAGGGACCAAGCAAUGGGAGCUCACCCCGUCGUGGGGAUUUGAAUCGCCAACCUUCUGAUCGGCAAGUCCUAGGCUCUGUGGUUUAACCCACAGCGCCACCCGCAUCCCUCAGCACCAAAUAGAGAAGUCCUAAACAGUUGGAGUGGUUAUGGGAGAGAGUUAGGACCAUAGCUGUCAACAUUUCCCUUUUUAAAGGGAAAUUCCCUUAUUCCAAAUAGGAUUCUUCGUAAGAAAAGGGAAAAGUUGACAGCUAUGGUUAGGACCUGAAGGCCUUGGAAUGGACUCGAGGCUGUUCGUAAACUAGGUCUCUGCUGUGUUCUGGGGAGAGAAAAUGGGCUCCCAGGAAACUGUUCCCUGCAGUUUCUGGCAUCAGCUUAGAGGCUUCCAGGUCUCAGUCAAACUAGCCAGUUGGCAUCAGCUUUGGCAGCCAUGAUCCUCUUUGCCUGAAAGCUUCGCCAAGUGGAUGACCCCACUAGAGAUUUGCAAGCAGACUUUUCCCUCUUGGGGGAGCCUCCUUUCUGACGAUGCGGUUUUUCUCCUCCUUCCUCCUUCCAGACUUACAAUGUGGACCCUAAAUCGCAUCACCCAGAAAAAACUGCAGGCAGCUCAGGCUGCACGCCCUCAGCUGAUCCUGACCUCCUAUUAUCCACCCGGCUGUGCCGCCUUCCCAGGGGACGAGUAA